GUCAUCUUUCAUUAAGAGCGUGAUAGUGAGUGGGUCAACAAGAGAGAAAGCAAACUGAGAAUAAUGGAAAACCGCAAGGAAAAGAAGUCACAGCCCAAAAGAGGUUUAUGGAAACCAGAAGAAGACUUGAUUUUGAAAAAUUAUGUAGAGACUUAUGGUGAAGGCAAUUGGGCUACCGUAUCUAAACGAUCAGGGUUGAUGAGAGGAGGGAAAAGUUGUAGACUUAGAUGGAAGAAUUACCUGAGACCAAAUAUCAAACGAGGUGGAAUGUCCAAGGAGGAAGAAGACCUUAUUAUCCGAAUGCACAAGCUUCUUGGUAACCGAUGGUCUUUAAUUGCUGGUAGACUUCCUGGUCGGACUGACAACGAGGUGAAGAACUAUUGGAAUACCCAUUUGAACAAGAAAAGCCUUUUAGGAAGAAAAAGAAAAACUAUUGACUCAAACAACCAACAUAAUGACAAUAUGGAGGACAAUCAUAUAGAGAAUCAGGAUAGCAAGAAACCAAGGCAAGCACAUGAUUCUGAUCAUCACCCCAUUUUCAACACAACUGAUGGGUUUGAUUUGGAUGGAAACAAACAAGAGAAGGACGAUGAGAGCGCCGCCGCAUGGAUGGAACGUGCGGUUCGGUUUUUCAAUUAUGAGUACGAUUUGGAUUACGAGAUGGUAGGAACUCCAUUGAUGAUGCAUCCUGAUUACUCAAAUUUUGUGUUCGAUGAAGAACCUUUCACAUCCUACACGGACCCAUUUGUUCUGUUUGAAGCAUUUGGGACGGCAGAUUGCGAUGUGGGACUGGGAAUCCAAUCAUUCUUGCCUUAAAGAUUACAGCACUUACAUGGACCACGACCUGGGCAGACCACUUUGCUUGCUUUUGCCACAGCUUUAGGCUUUUACCAGUUGGGUGCGUCCUACCUUUUGAAAGCGGUAUUUAUGAGGACUUUGUUUUUAGGGUUAAGAAGUGAAGUGAGGAUUAUAAUUUUAACUUAUUUGUAUUUUGAUUCUAAUGCUUUAAGUUAAAAUUAUAAUUCUUUUCUUUUGGGAAAAGGUAAUAGCUUGGGAGUCUAUUUUGAGAAUGGUUGUAAUAAAGGAGUAUGAACAUUCAUGCAAUCUCAAUCAAAAAAGCUGAAAAGGAAAACAA